UUUUUUCAAUGCAUAAUAAUAGCAACAGUACAUUCGCACUUAUAAAAAACUUAGUUCCUAGACAACACUUGCAACAAUGGAAACCCGCGGAACCAAUAUCAUCAAAUAAAAAGUCACUUAUAAAAUGGUUUUACUUUUUUAGAUCAACACCAGAACAUCUACCCGUGCGGGUGUCAAAUAUAGCAUACAAAGACUAUGAUCCAGGCACAGGGAAUAAAAUACUAAACAACUAUAUGAUCCUCAGAGAGAUUGGAAGAGGCAUGCAUGGUAAAGUCAAACUGGCUCAAGAUUUAGACACGGGUGAACUCGUGGCAAUUAAAGUGGUUGAUAAACAGUCAAGGAAAAGACAGCUAGGCUAUGGACCAUUAAGGAAAUCAAGAGAUACAGAUGGUGAACAAAGAGUUCGAAGGGAGAUUGCCAUUCUUCAAAAGUGUGUUCAUCCACACGUUGUUCGAUUGCAAGAAGUCAUUGAUGAUUACUCAAGCAAGAAAAUCUAUAUGGUUUUAGAAUAUAUGGAAGGUGGCGAGAUUGUUUGGAGAACACCUGAUGACGGACCCGCUCUAUCUGUAAGCCAAGCCCGUCAGAUAUUCAGAGAUCUUGUCAGUGGACUAGAUUACAUCCAUUAUCAAGGUAUUAUCCACCGCGAUAUCAAGCCCUCAAAUCUUCUCUACACCAAAGACAACAAGAGCGUUAAAAUAUCUGACUUUGGUGUGUCGUACUUUAAUGAACGUUUGGCUGGCCCCAAUGUACAUUAUGAUGAUAGCAUCGAAAAGGAUCUAGAAGAAACCGCUGGCACUCCGGCUUUCUUUGCUCCCGAACUUUGCAGUCCACAGCAUCUCUGGAAGAUUACAAAAGCAAUUGACGUCUGGGCAGCUGGUGUCACUCUUUACUGUCUACUUUACGGUCAAUGUCCAUUCACGGCUGCAAGCGAAUAUGAGCUAUUCGAAGUCAUUCUAAACACUCCUCUCGUGUUUCCUGAUGCAACUCAGGUGGGGUUUGAAACAUCGGAUGAUUUAAAAGAUUUGUUAUCUAAACUGCUGGAGAAGGAUCCAGAAAAGAGAAUCACCUUGGAUCAAGUUAAACGUCAUCCCUGGGUCAUUGAGGAUUUAAGGCAUCCAUCAGCUUGGCGAAGAGAGGCUAAUCCAAAAAAAUACUAAACAGUAAACUUUUUGAUUAAUAGAGGUGGAAUUAAAAAAUAAUAAUACAAGC